AAGAGGUUAAUUUGGUUAAAGAAAUUAGCUGUAAAAACAAUCUAAAAUGUUGUACGUCGUGCGAGAAAUUACUUGGCUGUGCGUUGGAUUUUUUCGGCCUCCCCGGUCACAAUACCAUUCAUGGCGGGAAAGUAAUUAAACUGGCAAUGUGGCAUUGCACGCUGUGUCCACGACCCGCACGCGUGUUACUUUGUUAUGAUACUAGCGAGCCAUGUGCGCGUGCACUGCACUGCACGCAGGAAUUCGCGCUUCAAGUGCGUACGUACGUGUAGCUAGCUAUCCGGCAAGAUUUACCUGCAGUUUUGUUAGACUGCAACCGAGCUGCCAUUUGUCUCUACAUCGCCUCUUGGACUUAAGGGUGUUAGUGUGUUUUCUGCUCGACUGUUUCCGAUAAGUUUGCAGUAAGAUGCCAUCCUUAGCUCGAAUCAAGAAGUUAGUUUCCAUGUUCUUUGUAGUCUUCUGCUUCCAGUACAUGGUCAUCUGUUACAUCUUUGCUCAGUCAGAUGUCCCUCACAAGCACAAGCUGAUCCCACGCCAUGUCACCACCAAGGAGAUUCGUGGACCAACCUAUCAUGUUCACAAAGUGGAUCCCAUGUCGCUAGCAAUGCGAGAGAGAUAUGAGAGCCGUAGACUCCUUGUUGAGAGCAACAGGCCAAGGUUGAUCUCACGACGAGAGAUUCUGAAUGAGUAUCGUCAGCCUUCCUCUCCACGGAUACAUUCAACAACACAGACAGAAUCCAGGAGAUACAUACCACUGGAGACAGAGACUAACAGAGGAAAGUUGCUUCACUGUGGGACUUGCUCAUUAGUCUCCAAUUCAGGUCACAUCCUCCGCUCUAGGAUGGGAGAUGAAAUUGAUGAAGCUGACUGUGUCUUUAGAUUGAAUGCAGCACCCACACUGGGUUAUGAACGAGAUGUUGGACGUAGGACAACUGCUCGUGUUGUGUCUCACAGAGGCAUGCGAGAGUUGGUUUCCAAUGCCAGCACCCUGUUGGACAAUCACCCCUCGUUGACAACUGUGUUCAUCCAUGGCCCAGAUCACGUGUUCUUGGUGGGUUCCCUGCCUAAGUUUGUCAGUGGUCUGUCAACUAAGUAUCCUAAGCUGGAUUUCUACAGGCCAUCUGAUGUGAUGGAUAAAGAACUUGAUGCCGACUAUGAAAAGUACACCGAAAAGACAAGGAUAUCGUCCGGGACAGAGUUUUCCUCAGGCCUGUACGCUCUCAUGAUCAUGAAGGAUGUUUGUAGUGACAUCAAAGUUUAUGGGGUGUCACCGGAAGACUACUGCAGGUUGCAUCCAGAUAGCAAGGUACCAUACAGUUACUUCAAGACGCCCACCUUGCCAGAGUGCUUGAUGUAUGAUUACCAUGAGAAUAUUGAGUAUGGAGGACAACGAUUGGCAACCGAGCGACUCGUCUUCAAUGGUUGGGCAAAGACAAACAACAUCAACUUCCGCAAUCCAGAGUGGGAAUAAACCAUUUGGUGGUUAAUUUUGUGACUUGAGUAAUUAUUGUCACAUUCAUAAACUAAAAAGUGCUUCUUGGAAGUAUUAUUGUUUCUUCCCUUUGGUUCUGAGGUGACCUGUACCUGUCCAUGUUGAUAGACUCAUCUCACAUUUAAAUGUAGAGGCUGUUACUAUUCUGGUUCCACACAUGUGCUGAGCCUGUGUGCACAAUGUGGUUUUGUGACUAACCAAUAAUGCAUGUGCUCCUUGAGCUUUAUACCAUGCAACAUGCACGACUGGUGCAAUUUCAGUAGAGACAUUUCUUUGAAUUAAUUUCUUGAUUUACUUUGUUUAGUGAAUGUAGAACCCUACUGCUAUCAGACAUAAAAAAUGAAAAAUUUUCCAACUGAUUUAGAUCCAAGAUCUUCGCUGGUGCUGUUGUUUGACUUACAGGGUUUUAAAACCAAUUUCUAAAAAACUUAAGGAUCUAACUUUCUCAGUGAAUUUGUAAUUUUGAUAUCCAUUGCACCUCUGAAUGGGUGCAGUUUGCUUGUAGGUUCCAAAGAUCAGGUUUUUCCACUGUUGCCGUCCUGAGAAAAAUCUGGUUGUAUUAGUAAAAAAAAGUGCUUGUGGAGCUCUGACUGACUAUCAGGCACUAGUUCAAUGUGUCGCAUGCAAAUUAAUGUUAUCUAGGUUUGUUGUGCUGAAAUGUUUUGUUGUGCAGGUGGAGGAAAUACCCAUAUUUUUCACUACUAACCUUGCUGCAAUGUGUCUUGAGGUUACUCAGAAUCAUUGUUAUUCAAUGUUGUCGCUUUCUUGGACAUUUAACAAUGCAAUAAAGUUUAUUUAAGUUUUCCUGCCAACUUCCGAAGCUGAAUGUGUUAUCAGCUGACUUAAUAAACUUGAGGAACUCUAUUGAAAAGUGGGCAUUCUGUCCUUUAAAACUCACUUCUGAUUUUUUUCUGAUUGAUAGAAUGUUAGGUCAGUAGUACCUUUGAGCAUCGUUUAUGUUAGUUUAUCUUUAAUGAGGGCCCAAUUUAUUUGCUCAGGGUUUGUCCCAGUAGCCCCACGUUUGUUUGCUAUUUACUGCUCUCUGAAGGAAAAGAACAACAAAAAUCAACUGAGUAAGAAAUGGUGUCAAUUUCCUCACCAAAUUACAGCUUUUUCAAAAUUCCAGUGCAUGUAAUUUUGUUAGGAAGGGAAGUGUGUUUGCUUUAGUUUAAUUUAAUUUGUAUUUUUAAUUUUCCUCAAUUAUUAAUGACUAAUUAAAUUGACUUUUUUGACAUUAUGUUGACUUUUAAAAGUGUUUUGUUCUUUUAAUAAGUGGUGUAUAUAAUUAUACACUCUUUGUGUGGAAAUGUAAACAGUAUUCCAUGUAAACAAGUUCUUGUCGCAAGUUUGCAAAACUUGUUGAAGUGGUAAUUUAUUGUGAAAAUGUGAGUGAAUCAGAAGCCCAAUGUGCUUCUUAAUUUUUAAUUUUCCUCAAUUAUUAAUGACUAAUAUUUGCCAUUAUGUUGACUUUUAAAAGUGUUUUGUUCUUUUAAUAAGUGGUGUAUAUAAUUAUACACUCUUUGUGUGAACAUAUAAACAGUAUUCCAUGUAAACAAGUUCUUGUCGCAAGUUUGCAAAACUUGUCGAAGUGGUAAUUUAUUGUGAAAAUGUUAGUGAAUCAGAAGCCCAAUGUGCUAAGCAUAAUGUAGCUUCUGUGUAAAUAGUAUUAGCAAUUUGUACUAAAUCCAGCUUUGAAAAACAAACUCUUUUUUUUUGUUUUUCGUAGAAACCCGUGACAGUUGAAAAAAACUUCACCAGCAGAUGAUGGUUAGAAUGUUAUAGAAAACUUGCCAGUUUCUGUUAUCUUUGAAGGGCUGUAGCCUUUUUGUUGUAAGUUUACACGAAACCUUCUGUUGGUUUACACAAAGGACUGAAUUACCAAGUAUUUUAGCUUUGACUUUGCUGUCUCAAUUGAGGUACACAUGAAACACUCGUGUAGGCUAGUUGUGUCAUUUAGGUUUAUCAAAGUCACUCUCAACGGUACUAAUUUUUUACCAGCCUUAGAUUAGGUCAAGCUUUUUUAAAACAAUUAUCAGGACGGAAGGCAGCAACUGUUUUCAUUCCUUACAUAAAGGUAAACAUGUAUUACAUGAUUUUCAAGUUGUUGAAAAAUAAUUUUUCAGUGAUUUUUUCCUGUUAUAGAUGAAGGAAAAAGCUUGAAGUGAUAAUGAAAGUGUUGUGACUUCUUAGAAGCAGUAGCAGAUUCAGAGGGUGACUGAGUAGUUGUGAAUUGGUAUUAUUCUUAAAAAUUCUAGAAAAUGAAUGUGAAAAAAUGUUUAACAACUCUCAGAUUUCACCAGAGCUGAUCAGGGUUUUCAAUAAGAAGACUAUACGCGAUAUCAAUGCAAUAUGUUGUUGUGAAAAAAUGAGGUUCAGUGUUAAGUUUCAUUCUCAGGAAUAAUCUUGCAUUCCUCAAUGUGAUCUCCUUGGUCAAUCAGUGACAAUUACAUGUACAUCAGGCAUUCAGCUUCUCAGAUCAACUGAUUCCCUUGUUUUUUUUUUUUUGGUUCACAAUGAAGUGCAAAUUGAAAAAUGUUACUAAAAUUGUGUACAGUUUGUGUUUUUUCUCUUAAGUUACAGUUGUAUGCCUGUAAAUGCAAGGUUCAUUGAAAAGUUUCCGUUGUAACUCACUUUCCUGUAUGUGAAUGUUGCAUAGAACCCAAAGAACUAUCACCUUGUUUCCAAAUUUCAACAUUGAUCACUUUGUUGUUUUUUUGCUUUUAUAACAUUGUCCCAGAUUUUUUUUCAGUUCCACAGACAAAAUCACCGGUUAUUAAAAAGGUUUACAAUGUCUAUAACUUUAUGGUUCCACUGAAAUCAGUGUAAUAUAAAUCACAAUUCAUAAUCCCAUGGUCUCAUUAUUGAAGUGGAAAGUGGAAACUAAGUUGACAAUUCUUUGAAAGUAGGAAAGGUUAUCUUUUCCAGCACAAGAUGUACAUGUGUAUCGGUGGUAUCUCUUGCAGCUAAAGUAGACUUUUAUUAGACAGUGCUUAAUUUGUCUUCAUAGAAGUGUAUAUAUCGAGGAUAUAUUUUCAAAGCUGUCGUUUAUUAGUAAAUAAAGCAGCUGUUUUCCAACAAA